CUUGCACGGGUGGCAGCAGGGCCCAGCCCAUUGUGUGCACACCUCCUCUCCAUCGCGUUUCAGCCAAGUCCAAGAAAAAUCACACAGCACCCGCUUCCGCCGCCGGCCACCGGCUGCACCUGCUCCGUUCGCCUGCCGGACGCCGGCUCCAGGCCCCUCCCCGACCGCGUGCCCGCAAGGCCGCAAGAGCACAUUAUCUUGUACCAUGGCCAGUGAGGAGGAUGUGAAGCAGCGGCAAAUCGUUGAAGACCGUGCAAGAAAUAUUAGCCACAAUGUCCGGUGCACUGAGUGUGGCAGCCAGUCCAUUGAAGAUUCACAAGCAGAUGUUGCAGUUCUCCUUAGAAGGCUAAUUCGUGAUGAGAUUAAAUCUGGAAAGAGUGAUAAGGAGAUCUACAAAAAGCUGGAAGACGACUUUGGAGAAACAGUUCUAUAUGCCCCUAAAUUUGAUCUUCAAACUGCUGCUAUAUGGUUAUCACCGGUCAUUGUGGGUGGUGUAGCAGCUGGGAUCUGGGCUUAUCAAAAGCACAGGCAAAGGACCAACGUUCACAUUAUGGCUCUGAACCUGGUCAGAGGGGUUCCCCUGACUCCAAGGGAGAAGGAGACGAUGAUUGACAUCCUUACACCUCCUCCACCACCAAGGAGGUGGUGGUGGCCUAUCAAGUGAUGCUCAGUGGUAGCAGUAUACGGAUGCGCAGGAUGGCUCUCGAUUUAUAUCUCACACACUUGAAGCUUUGACUACGAUUGGUUUAACCAAAUGCUUGCGGCGUCUUGGCAUUUGUACUGUAUGAACCUAGGAGUACUUGUUUUGCAGAUUGUGGGAUAUUGAUAGUGAGAAACAGCCUGCUGUUGAACUUCCCAGGUGUGCUGUUAAACUGACAAACAA